CUCUGCGUGAGCGCGCAGGAGAGAGACACGAGCGAGGGAAAGGGAAGAAACAUAAUUAUGGAGUCUCGGCAGCAUCAUAUACAGAGGUCACAUUUAACAUUAUUUUAAUUAAUCAAGUGUUUUUUUCGCUAUCAGAAAAAAAAAUAAAAAAUCAGAUCACAGCGGUUCUUCAUCGAGCCCGACGCCGAUGUCCUUGCCGCGAGUUAAGCUGCAUCUCAGCCUGAAAGUGGAUCGUUCAUCAGCGGCAUCCAGAAACAGUAUCUUCGUCUUUGGCGUUAUUUCGGAUGGAAAGCAAAAGGGACAGCUGUCGUUUACAGGUACACGGGGUUCUGCUGACCGUGUCUUGACCACUUGACUGUGAAACAUUACUACUAUAGUUGUACCUUUUUGUACUCACUGUUAUUUGAAGCAUCUGGCGCUUUCUUGCCUCUUUUAAAUGGGGAAAGGGAAUCCUUAUAGUAUUUUUCCAAUCAGUAUUAAUUCGCUUGACUGUGUUUAUAAUAUACAUUAAUUGACUGUGUCGAUUAAUAAAUGCGUGUAGUUUGAUAUUUAUUAACUAAUUUUUAGUUAUAGGGAAUAACAUAUGCGGGUGGUUGUGCUAUCAAUUUUUGCUAGGUCUGAAAAAAAAUCCACAUAGCACUACAGUAAUAAAAGCAAGAGGACAGUUUUGUUUAAUUUUAGAACAGUUUACAGGUUAAUAGCUCGAUCAACUAAACGAAGGCUUGUUUGAAGAGGCCGAUAGCGAGAAACAAAGACGGGAGGAUAUUGGGAAAAUGUUGCCUUCGCAAGAAGCCUCCAAGAUUUACCAUGAAAACUACAUGCGAAACUCCCGUGCAAUUGGGGUACUUUGGGCGAUAUUCACCAUCUGCUUCGCCAUCAUCAACGUGGUGGUUUUCAUUCAGCCCUACUGGAUCGGGGACAGCUUGAACACGCCGCAAGCGGGCUACUUCGGUUUAUUCCACUACUGCGUGGGAAACGGCGUCCCCAGCAGGGAGCUCUCCUGCCAGGGCACCUUCGCCGACUUCAGCUCCAUACCCUCGGGCGCUUUCAAAGCGGCCUCCUUUUUCGUUCUGCUGUCCAUGGUUCUGAUCUUGGGCUGCAUCGCCUGUUUCGCUCUCUUCUUCUUCUGCAACACCGCCACUGUCUACAAGACCUGUGCCUGGAUGCAGCUGUUGUGUGCUGUGUGUCUGGUCCUGGGCUGUAUGAUUUUUCCGGAUGGCUGGGAUGCAGAGGUGGUCCGCGACAUGUGUGGAGAGGAGACGGGGAAGUACACCCUGGGAAGAUGCUCCGUGCGCUGGGCCUACAUCCUGGCCAUCAUUGGCAUCUUGGACGCCCUCAUCCUCUCCUUCCUGGCCUUUGUACUGGGCAACAGGCAGAACGACCUGCUCCUAGAUGAAGUCAGGACUGACAACAAAGAUUGAAAUCCAGGACAGCAAAGACCCAAGGUUGGGAGGCCUCCUCUCUCAAACACGGCUCCUCUCUUCCUUUGGCCCCUCCCUCCACUCUUCAGGCUCCGCCCCAGUCUCAUCUUGGAGGCUUACAAACAGCCAUUUGUAAUAUAGAACUUGGAGUAAGUAUUUUAAGAUAAGGCAAGAACAGUCAGCCUAAUUGUUUCUGCUUGGAGAAAAACAGAAAAGCGACAUACAGCAGCAACUUUCUCUGACUACAACGAAAGUGGUGGUGACAACGGUGAUUGCAAUGACAACUUUGAAACACGUUACACUCUCCUGCAGCCGUGACGUUCUGUGGUAUGUAUUUCUUUAUGUUUUUGAUUUCAUUUGGAGAUACGGUCAUUUCCAAUAUUCAAAAAUAAGAAGAGAAGAGGAAUCCUAUGAGGUAAUCAGUUGCCGUCACACGUCACAGACGCCUGGGUGCUACCUAAGAGACUUUCAGCAACCACUUCAUUUUCUACAACAGAAGGUGGAGUUUUGGACACUUUAAAAAUGAGAGACAUUUCCCAAUAG